AUGGAGGGUUUCUCCGGAUUCAACAAUACCUGGACAUGCAAAGCUCAUAGUGAGCUCGAUUGCAGUGUAUGUCGUCCACUACGCCAAUGGUUCGAAGUACUCGGAGGUAGUCUAGUAUGUCGACUACACAGAAAGCAGGCCUGCUCUGCGUGCCCUAUUGCAACCAAUUUCUGGGUGGGGUCUACCCAAGUUGGCAGUACCAACCUUCGUUUCUGGAAGAUGAAAGCCACCGAUUUCAAGUCGUUUACAAUUCCUGAGCUAGCACUUCCACUCACCUCGCUUCUCCAACCCUCACUUCCCACCCCUUUAUUACCAUCCAUCUCGCUAGACAAUCUUGGCAAUGCUCCUCACAAGAUGAAUCGUAUUCGAUUACGGGCACGGGCACACGACAACUCUAUGAUGGUAUACAUAGGGGGUUAUGGGAAGCCUAAGUCUGGAUUUGCUGCCGCCGCCUUCAUUUACGACAGGCACCACACAGAUCAAGAUACAAAGAGUGGCAUUGCCCUCAAACUCGAGAAACUCGGACCUUAUGGCGAGCUCAGUACACAAUGUUCUGUUGGCGCUUCGCUCAGAGCUGCCAUAGCCGUACUUCAGUACAAGAAUUGGGCCGAUGAGUUCGAAGGGGAGGCAUCAUUAGUCAUUACGACCUGCGACAAGGAUGUGAGCGCAGCUCGGAAGAGGAUAUCAGAAUGGAGAGAAAAGAUCAAGGUUAGCAAAGGCACAGUCCACCCGACAUCAUGUCGUGGGCUUUGGCAACUUUUCGCUUGGGAGAUUGAAGCCUACAAGGCUAGAAACAUGACCGUUCGAAUGUUGCCGGUAACAAAGAGCGAGAUUUCUCAUGUCAUCCGGCUUGCCAAAAGUCACCUCGAAAGCUAUACUACACACCAGGAGGAAGACUUCAGAGCUCUUCGAGGUUACAUGCCGAGCGAAAAUGCAAAAGGAAAGGGGGGUGAUGUGAGAGAGUCGCAACUUCAGGAAAGAGAAGGUGAAGGCAGUGGUAUAAACAGCGAGGAGGAGAAGCUAACAUUUGGUUCUGAGGAGGAGCACGGAGGCGAGUAUAAUAAGGGCGUCAGUGGUGAGGAAGGGAACUAUGGUGAACAGAAUGAGCUCGAGGAUGGAGAUAGAGAGAUCUCCUGA